AUUGCGAAUAGGGAUGGCAACGUCACAAAUACCGUUUACGAGCGCACCGUUCAAACGCACCGAAGACAUAGACUGGAUAUACCCACUCAAGCGUUACAUUUCUCAAGUAUAUCAAGAUGACCCCGAGAAAUACAACGAAGAAACAUUCACAAUCAACCGCCUCCGACAAGACACUCGAGGGGCUGGAAAAGACCUUACAGGAAGAGACCUUUUAUAUAGGUACUUUGGUCAGUUGGAAUUACUCGAUCUGCGUUUUCCAGUCGACGAAAAACACGUCAAGGUGAUAUUCACUUGGUACGAUGCUUUUAGUGGCCGCCACACUGCCCAGUACUCACUUGCAUACGAGAAAGCAAGUAUCAUAUUCAAUAUUGCUGCUACCCUGUCAGCUAUCGCAGCCUGCCAGAACCGUGCCGAGGCCGAAGGCCGCAAACGUGCGUUCAACUUUUUUCAAGCAGCAGCAGGAAUGUUUCAAUAUAUCAACGACAAUUUUUUGCAUGCACCUUCGCUUGAUCUCAGCCGAGAGACCGUAAAGAUGCUUAGGGAGCUGAUGCUGGCCCAGGCACAUGAGUGCUUUCUGGAGAACAGUCUGAGAGAAAAGAAAAAAGAAGGCUUGAUCGCAAAACUCGCCAGCCAUGCUGCAUGGACCUACGGCAGUCUUAUCGACCUUCUUCACGAUGCCGUCACACGUGGGGUAGCAAUUGAUAAGGCAUGGAUCCAGGUCUGCCAGAUAAAGCAAAAGUACUACCAGGCCAUGGCCCAUCUUCACAAGGCGACUGCUUGCGAAGCCGAAAGUAAAUAUGGCGAGCAGGUCGCUCGUCUGGCUGCUGCCGAAGUCGCUGCCAAAGAAGCUACCAAACUUGCAGCUAGCCUGCCCUCUCUAUUGAGCUCCAGCAACCAUGCAAACGGAACCUUACCUGCCGACAGUGCCACGUCACUCCAAGAAUUGGCAAAAGCACUCACUGCAACGUGUAGCGAAAAACACGGGGCAGCUAUGCGUGACAACGACAUGAUCUACCACGACACAGUCCCGCAAGAGUCGAUCCUUGUGCCUAUCGACCGUCUUAAUGCUGUCAAGCCCGUACCAAUCGCAGAGCUAUAUGGACCGAAUGAAGUUAACAAAGUUAUUGGCACCGAUAUCUUUUCUCGGUUGGUUCCCCUGAGCGUGCACGAAAGCGCCUCGUUGUAUUCUGAAGAAAAGGCUCAGCUGGUACGAUCAGAGACUGAGAGAUGUGAUCUGGCAAAGGCCGAAUUGAACGCCUCGCUUGAGUACAUGAAAUUACCCGGAGCCCUAGAUAAGUUCAAACAGACCACAAGAAACACAGGUGUGGUCAGUAAGGAGGCUGUCCUACUCGAUGGCUUGGUAGAGCCAACUGCGGAAGUCAAAGAGUGGGCAGAUCAGAUUGCCUCUGAAGAGUCGUCGGAAAAGACAUCGAUUAGUGACUUGGUCGAGACACUCGAUGGUCUCAAAUCACAGGCUAGAAAGAUGUUGGAUGAAGCCUCUAAUGGGUUAGAUCAAGAGAUGCACGAAUGUGAAAGCAUGCGGCUUAAAUUUGUCAUCGACUGGGUACAACAACCAUCAGGUAGUCUGACGAACGCUUUCCGACAAGACUUGCGCAACCACAGAGAAACACUAAAAGCAGGCUCCCAAUCAGACGCACAAUUGAUGCGACGAUAUGAGGUUAUUUCUAAGGACAUUGGAAUCCUGCGCAAGGGUGGAAAGAGUCAAGAUCUAGUGAACGCAUUUACAGAACCGAUUGCUAGUCUAUUUGAGUCGAGUCCUCCUAGUGGUGGUGAUAAGAAUUUGUUGGAUCUGGAUAUCGAUGUUGGAAUUGGAAAGAAGAACAUGGAGACAAAAGUGAAGAAAAUAGAGGAUAUCUUGGAAAAGCUACGGAAGAUUGAGAAAGAAAGAAUAGAGACACUCAAUGAUCUCAAAGAAAAGGCAAGCCCAUUAUUUUUGUUUUUUUUUAUUACGACUAUUCAAGAUGAUAUUUCGCACUUGUUGAUCCUUAACAAAAAGGUGGCAAAUGUGGAGCAGCAGAUCUUUGCGUCCGAACUGGAGAAAUUCCAGUCACAUCAGCAACGCAUUGGCCAAACUAUUCACAAACAGCAGCAGGUCAUUCAGGAAUUGACGACUGCAUUCAAAUUGUUAAUGGAGGGUGAAGAUGCUCAAAAGCUGCAGUCCCGAUGGGAUUUAGCUGAUCGACAGAGACGUAACGUAGCCGAGAGAUUCAGCCGUGCAAAGACAGGCUAUUUUGAUGUUAAGGAGGGAUUAAGUAAGGGUAUCCAGUUUUACAAUAGCCUUAGCGAUACCAUCCAGACUCUUUCGCACAAUUGCCAGAAGUUCAUCCAAGAACGAAAGCGUGAGAGAGAUCAUAUGGUAUCCACUAUUGAAGAAGAACAG